AAAUCAAUUUAGACGAUCAAAUACUUAAUGAUUUAAAUAUUUUUCGGUUUCUAUAAACGAAAUUGCGGAAAUUUUUGUUUCAAAAAUUUCCUUGAAAAACGAGCUGGAGAAAAAAAUUCAUUGCUUAUAUACUGAAACAUCAUCAUGAACAGCAUUUCAUAUGAUUUAGAUGAACUAGUGGAAGAAGUUGCAAAAAACAUGGAAGUCGAUAACAAUAACGGCAUUGAGCUACAGUUUACUACCGAAGGAGAGCAAAAAGAGGUCAACAUUACUCUUACAUUUUUCCGUAUUCUGGUCUGUGUUUUUGGGAUUCUUGGGAACAUCUUAGUUAUUUUUGUGAUCCUGGUCCUCUCUGAAUACAGAAAAGCAGUAACGCACUGGUAUGUGUUGCAGCUUGCAAUCGCUGAUUCGAUUUUUCUGCUGACGAUUCCGUUUCGAAUAAGUGAAGAUAUUGAAAACACAUGGAUUUUUCCGGAAUGGAUGUGUAAAGCAAAGGAAACAAUAUUGUUCCUAAAUUACUACUCGUCCAUUGCAUUUCUUGUGGUGAUGAGCAUAGACCGAUAUAUAGCAGUCUGUCAUGGAUUUUCAAGUUUUCUGCAGAAAUUCCGAACUCCGCUUGCCGCUGCUAUCAUUACAGUUGCCGUGUGGACAGUUUGCUUCCUAAUAUGCAUACCCAUUAUGCUGUACAGUACACCGAGAGGCCACAUGCCAAACUGCAAAUGCGAAUAUCAAUUUCCAAAGUAUGUGGAUGCCAACAAAACUUGUGCAGAUGAGGGAGAAGUUCCCGGAACAGAUGGAUUCGACUCGUGUGUAGCCCAUUUUGGAGACAUGAGUGGACCAGCUUGUGCAAAUCUUAGUUUAACUUCCAUGAUAUUGGGGCCUGGAAGCGGAAGCGGGGCGUUUGGAUUCGAUUACAGCGAGAUAGAUCUCAAUGAUUUUGACCCAUUUGCGUCUGAGGAGACAACCGCAUCUCCUACAGGAGAAACAGAUGAAGAAAAGCAAGUCUUUCUACAGCCUGGAUGUCAUUAUUUUGAUUAUGCUGAUGGUUUCAAAGCUUUCAUUUGGUUCAACUUCGUUGUUAUGUUUUUGAUACCCCUAUUGAUCAUGACUGUCUGUUAUGCACUGAUUGUAAGAAGACUAUACGGGACUAAAUUUCGCAGCGGCAGUACUAGUGGAGCACCAAACUCCAGCACUAGCGGAAAUGGAGAAAAGGGGUCAUUCUCUGGUGGAAGUAAGAGGAAGCGCACACGAUCCGCAGCUUCGGCAAAAAACAGCAGGAAUAAAAUCAGAGUAACUGUAAUGUGUGCAAGCAUGGUGAUUUUAUUUUUCAUCUGCUGGCUGCCCUUCCACUCGGUUCAUUUGGCAAAAAUGAAAGGAAUUCCCCAGAAGCAAAAAUUCUGCCAGGAUCUGUUCUAUGCUGUCUCGCUAAUUGCAUUUGCUAACUCGGCAAUCAAUCCUUAUCUCUAUAAUUUUAUCGGCACAAGAUUUGGAAAAAGAUUGAGCUCAGCCGCAGCUACCGUUAGAGAAUCUAUCAAAAAGCGAUCCCCCUCAAUACCAGGAACAGUCUCAUACCACCACACAAAACGAACAAAUGAAAACGGAGCCGCUCACAGCCAAACUGGAACAGUGAUGACCAAGUUAUUCAAAGGUAAAAGCGAAGGGCCCACUAGUGCAGAGUUUUCCUCUAAUGUAUUUUCUUCUGACGGUAAACACAACGAAGAACAGCAACGUCUUACAAACGCUGUACCCACACAGCAGAACCAAAAUUAUGAACCAACUGAACCAAUGUUGGACCAGCCUCCAGAUUAUGACACAUAUCAGAAGAGUAUUCAGGCCGAAGAAUUAAGCUCUAAAGUUUGAAGAUGAUAAGACAAAAAUUCCUGUCAUGCCCAAAUUUAGUCAAACAUGCUUUGGUGGGAUUAGCGUUGUAUCUCCAUCGAUGACCCAAAUUUAUGUCUGUCCCCAAUUUCUUGCAUAUUUUAAUAACACAGUACAAUACUUUGUGCUUGUAUAUAACCAAAUCUAUAUAUUUGUCACCUGAGGAUAUGAAAAUUCUGUAUUGUACAUUUUACUUAUCAGUUGCAGGCAACGAGACAUUUUGCAUAUUAUGAUCAACUUUUAGUUUGUUCAAACUAUAGAGCUGGUGUCGCUCUGUAAGUCGUAUAUUUCACACCACCUGUCGUGUUAUGUUUCCGUGGUCCGUCUUCAAGUAAGCAUUUAACGUUGUCGACGUGACAUGACUAACUCACGGUGAAAACGUACACGUAUUAGGUGGUAUGGCAUUGUUUUCUCUGAUAUUUUUUGAUUUUUUUUUUGCAUAAGACAUCUGAGACAUAAUUGUUUGAAAUUAUGUAAAUGUGUUUGAUAUUUUAUUGUUAAUUUGAUUUUCAUAUUAAUAUUUUUUUUCUUCGUUACUGGAUCAAAUUAUUCCUGAUGUUUUCAAUUUUCAGGAGUAGCUUGCUUGUAGUCAUAAUCAGGAAAACUGUUUCAUGAAUUGGUUUUACUCAAAUUUAACUGAAAAUUGAUAAAUAUGAUUUACUACAUGUAUGCAUAUCAUAAGCAUAUUUUAAAAAUAUUGUAUUAUUGCAUCAAAAUGAUAAAUUUUACUUUUGUGUAAAUGAGUAAUAAACGUAAUAUCAAAAUUUA